AUGGCUGAACCACCUGCUGGAGAAAUGUUACCAAGAUCAGAAAUAUCAUUUAGAAGGCAAGGUUCAUCAGGUUUAAUAUGGGAUGACAAAUUAUUAUCUGGGGAACUCAACAAAAUUUCAACACAACAUAAUGUUGAAGAUCAAGAACAACACAAGAAAAAACAGACAAGAUCAUCAGAGCCAAAACCUAUUAAAUGUCGCAAUACAGAUAACUACAUGCAACCGUCCAUAGAUCCUCCAUCUCCUAAGGUCUCUGGUUGUUGUGGCAUUUUUGGGAAGCCUGUUAAAGCUCAAAAACCACGAAAAAAUGUCAAACGUAAGUCUUAG